GCACCACCGCAUCCCGUUCACCGUUUCUGCAGGCGGCCAUGCUCAGAUGGAGAGAAUAAAACUGACAAGGCUUUCUUUUUCCUCAGAUUUAGCCACAGCUGUGUCAUUCCAGAUGUGACUGACAAGUCGUUUUAUGUCGCCCGCAUUGAGUCCUGUGCUGUUCACCUCGGAGAGACUGUGACACCAUGGCUUUGGUUAUGGAACCUAUAAGUAAAUGGACACCAAAGCAAGUGCUGGACUGGAUGAAAGGUCUGGACGACUGUCUCCAGCAGUACGUGAAGAGUUUCGAGCGGGAGCAGAUGGGGGGAGAGCAGCUGCUGCACAUCACCCAUCAGGAGCUGGAGGAGCUGGGUGUCACCAGAAUAGGACAUCAGGAGCUCAUCCUGGAAGCUGUCGACCUCCUCUGUGCUCUGAACUACGGCUUAGAGACAGAGAACCUCCGGACCUUAUCCCACAAGCUCAACGCUUCGGCUAAGAACCUCCAGAACUUCAUCCUGGGUCGGCGGAGGGGUGGACACUACGAUGGACGAGCAUCCCGGAGGUUACCAAAUGACUUCCUCACCUCAGUGGUCGAUCUGAUUGGAGCAGCCAAGAACCUGCUAGCCUGGCUCGAUAGGUCUCCGUUUGCCAGUGUGACAGAGUAUUCAUUACUGAAGAACAACAUUGUGCAGCUCUGCCUAGAAUUAACAACCAUUGUACAACAGGACUGCACUGUAUAUGAGACAGAGAAUAAGAUUCUUCAUGUGUGUAAGACCUUAGCGGGGAUAUGUGACCACAUCAUCUCUCUGUCGUCGGACUCUCUGGUCUCUCAGUCUGCCCAUCUGGAGGUGGUCCACCUUACCAGCAUCAUGCCCAAUGAAGGCUUGGGGAUGUAUAUCAAAUCGACAUAUGAUGGACUCCAUGUCAUCACAGGAACCACAGAGAAUUCUCCAGCAGACCAGUGUAAGAAGAUCCAUGCAGGGGAUGAGGUGAUCCAAGUCAACCAUCAGACAGUGGUGGGCUGGCAGCUGAAGAACCUGGUCAACGCUCUGAGAGAGGACCCAUGUGGAGUCAUCCUCACUCUGAAGAAAAGGCCCCAGAACACCCUGAGCUCCACACCGGCUCUGCUCAGGAACGUCCGCUGGAAACCCCUGGGCCUGCAGCCUGUCCCCACCAGCCCCACCAGCACCUCCCCUACACCCGGUGGACCUCUCGGGAUGUCCAAGAUGGAUGCCCCCAGCAUGCAGGACGUCUACAUCCUCUCUCCUGUCUCUGGACUGUACAGCACCAGGGAGGAGAUGGGUCUGAUGUCAUGUGACGACAUCAGCCGCUACAGCGUGAGCUCACAGUCUGGCUCCAAAGGCUCAGAGGCCGUCAGCUACUACCUGGACCAGGACAGCGGUCAGUUCUUCUCCCUGCUGGAGGGAGACGGACCCCCGGGUCCUGACUAUGACAGGGGCCGCAACACAGGGGUUCGCAGACGUGACAAGACCCCUACCCAUGGUGAUCUCAGGCCCGUUUCCAUGCCCCCUGAAUAUAACUGGAUGGCAGAGCCCAAGGAACCCAGCAUGGGCAAGAGAGGGAGCCGAGAUUCAGAUAAUUCCCUGCUGCGGUACCUCAGCGACGAUAAGAUCUUGGUGAUAGAAGAAGAGCCGGAGGGUCCAGGGAGGGAGAGCCGAAGGGAUUCCACCAGACGCUCACGGCGCAAAAGUCGCAAUCCUAGCAGCCCUAGCUUUCCUAUCAGCCCCUCCAUGCUGUCCUCCACCCUGCGCCUAGACCAACCACCUGAUGCUUUGCCUCGAGGUGCAGACACACUGCGAGCGGACACGACAGACAGGUACUCUGGCUCAGGGAGCUCAGGAGGAGCCUCCAUGAGGAAGUCUUUCCACUACACAUCUCUGAGAACAAAAACCAAAAAACGAAGUAAAGGUUCCCUCACUAGUGCCAGUCGAAGAAGAAUUUCCUGUAAGGAUCUGGGCCAUGGUGACUGUGAGGGCUGGCUGUGGAAGAAGAAGGAUGCUAAAGGCUAUUUCACCCAGAAAUGGCGGAAGUACUGGUUUAUCCUCAAAGAGUCCUGCCUCUACUGGUACACCAACCAAAACGAUGAGAAAGCUGAGGGCUUCAUCAGCCUCCCAGAGUUCAGAAUAGACAGAGCCAUAGAGUGCAGACGGAAAUUCGCCUUCAAAGCCUGUCAUCCCAAAAUCAAGAGCUUCUUCUUCGCCACAGAUUGUCUUGAGGAAAUGAACAGGUGGAUGAAUCGGCUCGGUCUUGCUGCUAUUGGCUACACGCCUGAUGACAAGGUGCCUCGCCCUGAUGAAGAUUACUGGAGUGAGAGCGAUCAGGACGAGGUUGAUGGUUCGAUGACGCUCAAACAGGAGGGACCCUCAUCACUCUGUGAUACUUACCACCGUACACCAUCAGUCAACUCCUCCAGCCCUUUUCCAGAGCCCAAGCAUGGCAGGCAUUUCUCAAGUGAGUCGACUCACUCUCACUCCUCGGCUGAGGACCAGCGUGGAGACAGCAUGGGCAUGGGGACCGGCACGGGCAGCACCAGUACACACUCAUCAGGCUGCCGCUCCUCCCAUCGUGAGCGGCGCUCCUGGCAGGACCUCAUUGAGACCCCUCUGACCAGCGCAGGCCUGCACUUCCUACAAACAGCACCAGGGGAGAGUGAAUACGGCCUAAUGGGGAGCAUGGCAGGAGAAAUGGGGCUGUACGGAGGGCUGGGAAGACAGGGUAUGUCCCCAGAGAGACGCAGACAGGCCACACUGCCCGUACGGAGACACCACGCUGCAGAGAGGGACCGAGAACGGGAUGGUCCCUUCCCUCUGGAGCGAGGUCCCCACACACACAGCCACACGCACCGACGCUCCCACAAGCAGCGCAGCCAGAGCCUACCUAGGAACAGGGACCCGAUGCCAGGAAAGCUGCUACACACCUCUGCUCAUAUGGAGGAGAGGAGCGAGGAUGAGGAAGCAGAGAGAGAGCAGGCUGCAGAUAUGCUUCAGGGUGAGGAGGAUCUGCGGGAGAUGAGAAUUGAGGGCAGAGAGAGAAGGGUGUCAGAAGGAAGGGAGCGGCGAGUAUCAGAGUGCCGGGAGCCAGAGCCCUUAGACGGGUUAGAGCAGCUUUACCGAGCCCUAGAGCAAGCCAAUGUGACAGCCCUGGGAGACCCAAGACCCUGUAGCAGGCAGGACCUUCGACGAUGUUUCACUCAAAGAGCCAGAGACCCUCUCCUCAACGACAGGCUGCACCGAGUCCGAGCCCUCCGUAGCACCUUGAAGGCCAAAGAGUCGGAGCUGGCAGUGAUCUGUGCUCUCCUGGAGGACCCCGGCCUGUGCUCGCAGACCUUCAGAGAGUGGAAGCAGUGGCACAGCGAGCUCUACUCAGACAUCUGCCAGCUCAGCCCCGGCACCAACGGCCAGGAUGACCUCUCCCCGCUGGGCGCACCUCUCAUGACCCACACACACUCUUUUAUCGAGACACACGUGUGAGAAAGGGAGCGGAAAGCAAAGACUGAACAGAAACACACAAUCACUUACUAACAGACGCAUACACAAACACACACAGAGCUUUACAUCGGCAGAAUCCUCCUGCAUCAUCACGACUCUGAGCACGACACAGACACAGGAACGCACAUUGUACGAUGUGUAAAUAUCAUAGAGGGAACAGACUGAGACCUGCGUGUAUGAACUUUUGAUAAUCCCGAGGACCCCACAGGGUGCCUAUUGCAUGCCUGAACAGAAAGCAUUAAUCUUCCUUUGUCUAUGGAACUCAGCAUAAACUCCACAUGCUUGUCAAGCAAAAUGGAAAAAAGGAGACUUUUUAACAUUUUUCAUUUCGUAUUCUCUCGUUUUUGUUUUGUCCAGUUGAUUUUCAGGGGCAGGGGGAGCUAUGUAGCAGCAAUACAGAGGAGAAUCCUUUUCACCACAGCACUGUACUACUUUUGUACUGAUGAACUUUGCACCCAGAGCCAACAGUUCUCCCCCUUUCUCUCUCUGUAUCUUUUCUUUGUCACACUGCAUAUCUUAAUUUGAAGGUGGUUUUUCCAGGCUGAUCUGACGGGACAGUGUGGGGAAUAUAAGAGCAGUGACUUUAAGACUGUGAAAGGUAGCUGGUUUAUCUAUUUAGUUGUUAAACUGAGGAAAAAAACUAAUUGAAGGAACCACUGUGCUGGCUGGAUGCACACUUUUUCAAACUGUGAACUGUUAAAAUUUUAUCUGCAGAAGGAGGCUCCUCUGAUAGCAUGGUUCAUUUGCAUUCUUUUUCACUCUUCAUCUCCACCUUUGAUUUUGUCCAAGUUUCCCCUUUGUUUUUUAUCUCUCUGUUCCUCAAAGACUUGUGUAUAUGUGUAUACUGCUGUGUAUACUGAUGUAAAUGUUUGCGUUCCACUACCACUGUGAUAUGCUUCUAGAGGUAGCGGAGGGAAGACAGAGAUUAUGUAUUUGCGUGGGUGCAAAACGUUUUUGGUUUAUUUUUUUAUCUUUAACCGUGAAUGCAAGAGCUAGAGAGUUCUUUUCAAAGGAGUCACUUACUACAAAGAAUGCACUUUCUAUAUCUCUAUAUCUCAUUGGCUGCAUCACAGGGUCUAUGUCUCAUCGGCCUCUUUAACCAUUGCUCUUCAAAAUAUCAGGUAAAAGCAUUUGCCGUCUCAUUUUCUAAAGAUUUGUGUACAGUCUACAAAUAUAUUUAAACAUAGAAGAAUAUAUAAAUCUAUUUACGUUUUGUGUCAUAGAUAUUAUGUAAAGUAUGAUGUAUUCUAUGCCAAGGUUUUGCAGUGUCCCCCUCUUCACUCUGUAGAUGCAGGGUGUUUAGCAGUUGAACAACUAGGAGGCAAAUGACAACAACCACCAUCAUUGACAGUUUGUACUGGUUUACAUCAUGGCUGACCCUUUUCCUGGUGAUGUGUUGCAUGAGAAAAGGCCUGGGACUGAUUUGACUGGACAGGGUAAAAUAUUGUGGAUCAUUUGUGUUCUUUUGUUUUUCCUUUCUCUCAUGAUUGCAAGAUUAGACUUGUAGCGCAUGAUACAUGCAAAAGUACUGUUGAAAAAUUAUUUUUAUUUAAGAGUUCAUAUUUAUUUCUUCCUUUGAUAGUGUUUGAAGACACACACUGUACAAUAGCUGAGCGCCACUCAGCUACUCGAUCUAAUGCAGAUCCUCUUUUAGCAUGCUACCAGGAGGUUUCAGUUUGUUUUGGUUUGCAAAGGAAGACUGACACAAGUCCAAAGGCUUCAGGAAUCUCACCUGAGUGAUAGCAGUACAGGUGCUUCUCAAAUGAAAGCUGUUUUUACAUUCCCUCCAAGCAUACUGUCGACACUGGGCGGACAAAGACCUCUACUCUAACCGGUCUGUAACGUCUGUGAAACUCAGAUGAACCAUUUCAUCUGCAAUAUCAGGCCAAGGACUCAACGGUGCCCCCCAGUGGUCAAGACUCUAACAGACACGCGUAGCAGCUGCUGCAUCCAGCACUAUCUGUACUUAUUCUUCAUACUUUUCUGUAAUCUUUGAGUGUAGGUUCAGGUUUUUUCAUUAUGUCACACUGUUGUGAAAUAUCAAAUGCACCCCACAGACAUGUUUUUAAAUGGUUUAUUUCCACAAAGAAUCUAAAUGAUGCAAGCACUUUCCCUGUGCCUCCCAACCCUCUCUUUGGCAACGGUGGACUGACAUAUACAGGUGAUCCUACACACACAGCUGUAGAAGAGUUUCAGUGUUAGUCUGCAGACCUAUCUACAUUUCUCAUCUGUAAUGUUAGUUUCCUUAUUUUCAACCGCUGCUCUGCCGAGCAGGCAACAUACUGUAGAUUAAGGAGUGCGAGUUACAAUUUGUAGGCACAGACUGUGUUAUCCCUCCCUGAUCUUUGUGUGUGUAGACCUGCAGAAACAGGCCGAAAGGGGAGAUUCCACUGUGUGUUCUUUCAGGGGUGUACACCUCAUGGUACAUUGCACAGGUGUGUAAGAUGUAAGUUGCACUGCGACAUUAAAAAAGGAACAUAUUGCUCUUUUUCAAGGAUAAUAUUAGCUUACUGUUAUUCUGUACAUUAAACUGACUAAAGAUGAUAUUAAAAAAAGAGAGAAAAUUACAUUUAUUCUUCCUAAAGUAGCCUUUUUUGGUUUCAUAUAUAUGAAUAUAUAUUACAAAAAAUACAGAUUGUAAACUUAAGUUGUUAAACUUUGACUUCAAUAAACUGA